AUAUGUACAGUGCGAAUAAUCUCAAUCAUCUGCUCCGCUGCGACCUCAUUGUAUGCAACUGGAUUUAAACAUGACGUUUUAAUGGAACUACUAUGAUAUCACCGGAGCGUGUUGCACCUUUCGAGCUGGUAUUCAGUCUGAAACAACAAGUACACAACGCACUAUAAGAUCCAUCGCACGAUCUCGGGACAGGCUAUUAUUUUGACAAUUAUUGCCACACCUAAAUUACGCAAUGUAUUUACCAUAAACUCCAGCGUACGUCUUGACACACGUCUAUGAAAAUACUCCUUUUCUAACAUAUAGUGUGUGCAUGAAGAUCUUGUGACUGACAGUGACGAUUUCAUCUCUAUUGAACAAAUUUAUGCACAAAGCGUGCUAUAUCAUAAGUGGUAUUCAUGCCUUUUUGUCUAAGAAGUAACGCUACUUGCAAAAUGGAAGAAUAUUCUGUUGCAUCUGAUGUGUCAGUGGUGGAUGUGUAUGACAUUGCAUCAGAAAUAGGCAAGGAGUGUGAAAAACUGAUAGACCUAUUUGGAGUAGAGUCUGUAACCAAUCUUAUGCCAAAGGUGAUAAACGCUUUAGAGUUGCUUGAGAAUCUUGCUACUAAAAAUGAGCGUGAAAAUACUAUGGUACAAGAACUGAGUGCCAAGAUUUCUCAACUGGAGAGUGAUAAGAUUGGAAAAGCAGAGGAUAGGCAACGUUUUGAAAAGGAACUGGAGCAAAUUGAAGAACACUGGAGACAAGAAUCUCGUGAUUUGGUAGCUAUGGUUACUAGAUUACAAGAGGAAAAUAGACGAUUAGCUGAGUCCUUGCAAGAAUCCCGUAGUGAUAGUCAGUACAGCAGUAAACAAACAACUUUCACAGCUAGUCAGGAAGUUGACGUGGCUGUUCUGCAACACUUGAGAUCCAUGAUAGACAAGCAAAGGGAUCAGAUUCGCGCUAGAGACCGGGAAUUGUCGCAGAAAACUACAGAGAUUGAAAAUUUGACUGCGCAAGUAGAGAAGCUCAGUGUAGUUGGGCGAGAACUGAAACGCAAACAACGACAAGCGCAAAUGCAAGCUCGAGGUUUAGUGGAAGAGAGGGCAGACUUUUUAGCUCAGCUGCAAGAUCAAAACCGAGAACUUAUAAAUUUACGGGCUCGGCUUGGCAUGGCUAAGAAAGAGAAUGAAGACUUAACUAAAUUGCAGGGCUGUCCAGAUUUAACAAAUAAGGCAGUUUAUGACUUAGAUGAUCCCGACAGACCGAGAUUUACGACAUCAGAAUUGAAGGAAAUUUUGCAUGAACGAAACGAAUUGAAAGCAAGAGUUUCUGAUCUGGAAGACGAACUGGAGCUAUAUCGACCAAAGCCUGAAAUUCCAGAGGAUGACAAAGACGCACCCGUACAAGGACCGCUUCCUUAUGAGCCAGAUGACGCGCCUUGGAAGAAAUCCUCUGAAUCAGGCAUUCGUAAAUUUUUCCGAAAAAUAUUCUCCGAAUCCAGCAGCAGCUUCCUUGGUGGUAGUAGUCCUAGAAGAAGUCUUUCUAGUCUCUCGAAGAUGGCCCUAUCUGGUAGCAGUACCUGUGAUACGUCUAUAUAAUGCUUUCUUAAAAGCACAUUGGAUAAUUUUAAGCAACUCACGGAGAUCGGAUGAACAAGGAACGAUACUUACAAAUACGCUUUCUGUUCACAUAAUCAUAUUAGAAUUACUAGCGGUAUUACAUAUAUUAUAUAUAUGAUUUUAACAUGUAGACACGGCCCCACACGACAAAAGAAAUAGUCAACGUCAUUGAGACCUGGUUCAUAGUAGAUAGAUGUGCAUGCGAUGUGAACGAACUGAAAACAUUAAAUUUGUAUAAACCUAUAAUGAAAGAAGAAACAUGCAUGUAUAUAUUUGUAUAGUUGUAAAGAAGGGUAAUGUGUAUUUAGCUGCACGAUCUUAGUAUAACACUUCGUCAUUCUCUCCAUUUGAUACUGUCAUAUAAAUUUCAUUGAAAUUGAAUUAACACAUAGAACUCGUGGUGAUGCAUGUAAGAAAGAUAGUGAUACUGAUAGAAAAAACAUUCCCGAUUUCUUCCAAAAUUACUAAGUACGUGUAGUUUUAAAUAUGCAUUAAUGAGGUGUUAAUCGCGUUUAAUGUGAAACAGGUCUUGUUCUAUGCAGACGCCAAAGUUCUUAUUACUAGAUUCUUCGCAGAUUUAUCUCAUCUAUUUUGAUAAUUUAUUUUAUUCUAUUGUUUUUAAUUGUUUUUAAAACGAACCAAGAAUUUACCUUAACUUUAUAAUCGAAUGUAAUUAUUAAAGUAUAUAUAAAUUCCAUAUUAAAAAGA